CGUGGCACCAGCCCCCGGCCCAGCUAUGUGGGACCCUCCGGGUGCUGAGGCAUGCGCCCCGGCCCUCGGAGGCGCGCUCUUUCUGCUGCUCUUCGCGCUGGGGAUCCGCCAGCUGCUGAAGCAGAGGCGGCCGACUGGCUUCCCCCCUGGGCCGUCGGGGCUGCCAUUUAUCGGCAACAUCUACUCGCUGGCCGCCUCGGGCGAGCUCCCCCACGUCUACAUGAGAAAGCAGAGCCAGACGUACGGCGAGAUCUUCAGUUUAGAUCUUGGAGGUAUCUCAGCUGUGGUUUUAAAUGGCUAUGAUGUAGUAAAGGAAUGCCUUGUUCAUCAAAGUGAGAUUUUUGCAGACAGACCAUGCCUUCCUUUAUUCAUGAAGAUGACAAAAAUGGGAGGCUUACUCAAUUCCAGAUAUGGCCGAGGAUGGGUUGAUCACAGAAAAUUAGCUGUAAAUAGCUUUCGCUAUUUUGGAUAUGGCCAAAAGUCUUUUGAAUCUAAAAUCUUAGAAGAAACCAAAUUUUUUAUUGAUGUUAUCGAAACAUACAAAGGUAGACCAUUUAACUUUAAACAAUUAAUAACAAAUGCUGUUUCAAACAUAACCAAUCUGAUCAUUUUUGGAGAACGAUUCACUUAUGAAGACACUGAUUUUCAGCACAUGAUUGAGUUAUUUAGUGAAAAUGUGGAACUGGCUGCCAGUGCCUCAGUCUUCUUGUAUAAUGCCUUUCCAUGGAUUGGCAUCUUACCUUUUGGAAAACAUCAACAGCUAUUUAGAAAUGCAGCUGUGGUCUAUGAUUUUCUCUCCAGGCUUAUUGAAAAAGCUUCCAUCAACAGAAAGCCUCAGUCACCUCAGCAUUUUGUCGAUGCUUAUUUAGAUGAGAUGUAUCAAGGUAAAAAUGACCCAUCAUGUACUUUCUCCAAAGAAAACCUCAUUUUUUCUGUGGGUGAACUCGUCAUUGCUGGAACCGAAACUACAGCCAGUGUGCUACGGUGGGCAAUUCUUUUCAUGGCCCUUUAUCCUAACAUUCAAGGACAAGUUCAGAAAGAGAUCGAUUUAGUUAUGGGACCCACUGGGAAGCCUUCUUGGGAUGACAAAAGCAAAAUGCCUUAUACGGAGGCAGUUUUGCAUGAAGUUUUAAGAUUCUGUAAUAUAGUGCCAUUAGGGAUUUUCCAUGCAACCUCUGAAGAUACAGUUGUACGUGGUUAUUCCAUUCCUAAAGGCACAACAGUAAUUACCAACCUUUAUUCUGUACACUUUGAUGAAAAGUACUGGAGAAACCCAGAAAUAUUCUCUCCUGAGCGAUUUCUGGACAGCAGUGGAUAUUUUGCCAAGAAGGAGGCUUUGGUUCCUUUUUCCCUAGGGAAAAGACAUUGCCUUGGAGAGCAGCUGGCUCGGAUGGAGAUGUUCCUGUUUUUCACAGCAUUGGUCCAGCGGUUUCACUUGCAUUUUCCACACGGGCUCGUUCCAGAUCUGAAGCCCAGAUUAGGCAUGACAUUGCAACCCCAGCCCUAUCUCAUCUGUGCAGAAAGACGCUGAAAGUGCUGGCCAUCUUGUGGGAAAAGGUUAUCUGGUUGCCUUUUACCCCUGAACCUUGAUUAUCUAACCAGUGCGUGUGUUUAUACAAAAAUCACAGCAUCAUAAAGCCAAACGAACACAGUCUUUGAAAGUAGUACUAAAGCAAUAAUAAGCAUUAAGUACAGUUUUUUCCAAGCUUUUGUGACUUCUGAGGUGGAAUUAUCUGUGGA